AUGUUGGGGCCUACUGAGUUGGGAAGCUCGGGAGCUGGGAAGUUACUAGUGUGGAAGCGUCGUGCUGCAAAGCACGUGCUUUUAAAGCCAUUGGUCCUAGGUCUGAGCAGCUUACACCGUGAAUGUCGAAAGAUACUUCGAAAAUCGUCCGUCCUGGACGAACAGAUACUGGAAAAAGGAAUAAAUUCUGAGAGUGAAAGGAGUAGAGAGUGGGCUAUAAUAUCUCCUGCACACAUGGCUAGCCUCAAUGAGAUUGGCCGC